UUAAAUCCCUAAGUGGACCGCCUUCCCUCCGCGCUUGCCGAUAUGAUUUCGUGCCCCCUUCCGACCUCGCUGGAAACCCUAGCGCCCACGGCGGCAGCCAUGGAGAAUCCACUGGCUGUCGCAAGCAACGUCAGGCACCUCCCCCGUCAUAUGCUCUUUAUGUCAUUUGCAGCCCAUUCCAAGAGAUCCGGCAAGCUACAAGUUGUUAGUGUCCAUCAAAGGGUGAAGGCAGCUAGCUCUCUGUAUUCAGAUUGUGAUGUAGAUGUACAAAAACCAUGGAAGACAGCUGAUGCUAGGCUUGUGCUUGAAGAUGGCUCUAUAUGGAAAGCUAAGUCUUUUGGUGCUUCCGGAACACAAGUUGGUGAAGUCGUGUUCAAUACAUCUUUAACAGGGUAUCAGGAGAUUCUAACAGAUCCCAGCUAUGCUGGACAGUUUGUUUUGAUGACAAAUCCUCAUAUCGGGAAUACUGGUGUUAAUCCUGAUGAUGAGGAAUCGAGUCAAUGCUUCCUUGCUGGUCUGGUGAUCAGAAGUUUAAGCAUCUGCACUUCAAAUUGGCGUUGCACGGAAUCUCUUGGUGAUUACUUAGCAAAGAGGAACAUCAUGGGCAUAUAUGAUGUGGACACUCGUGCAAUAACACGAAGAUUGAGACAAGAUGGAAGCCUUAUUGGUGUCUUAAGUACUGAAGAAUCUCAAACAGAUGAAGACUUGCUUGAAAUUGCUCAUAAAUGGAAAAUUGUUGGUGUUGAUUUGAUCAGUGGUGCUUCAUGUAAAGCCCCAUUUGUUUGGUCUCAGAAAACACAUUCAGAAUGGGAAUUCCACAAAGAUCAGAACCAAGUUGAGAAUUUUCAUGUUGUUGCAUAUGACUUUGGCAUCAAGCAUAACAUUUUGAGGCGCCUGGCAUCCUAUGGAUGCAAAGUCACAGUUGUGCCUUCAACUUGGCCUGCCACAGAGACAUUAAAAAUGAAACCUGAUGGUGUUCUGUUUAGCAAUGGUCCUGGAGACCCAGCUGCAGUUCCUUAUGCAGUGGAAACAGUAAAGGAAAUAAUUGGUAAGGUUCCAGUUUUUGGAAUUUGCAUGGGCCACCAGUUGCUUGGCCAGGCUUUGGGUGGCAAGACGUUCAAGAUGAAGUUUGGUCAUCACGGUGGUAACCAUCCAGUUGGCAACCUGCGGAAUGGACGUGUUGAGAUAAGUGCUCAGAACCAUAAUUAUGCAGUUGACCCUGCAUCCCUUCCUGCUGGGGUUGAAGUAACACAUAUAAAUUUGAAUGAUAAAAGUUGUGCUGGCCUUGCUUGUGCGGAGUUAAACCUCAUGUCCCUCCAGUACCAUCCAGAGUCCUCUCCUGGGCCCCAUGACUCUGAUCCUGCUUUUAGGGAAUUCAUGGAGUUGAUGAAGGCAAGCAAGAAAUGACAAUGGUUCUUGUAAAGUCUGAGUCCUGGAUUGGGGCAUCUUGCAAGGAAAACACCUCUGAAUUAGAAAAGCAGACAAGAGGUGACUUAAGCUGAUGCAGUCAGUAUAGUUAGUCUCUUUGCGAGUGUAUUAGUCUUGCCGCUAAAAAAUGCCUCUGGAUUAUCUUCGCUGCUGCAAGCUAUUAAUUACGUCGGAAAAGCCAGCAAGUUGUUUGUGUCAGCUUCAUAAAUCUGAUGGUGAGCGUCUUUGUUUACCGAAAUGCUAUUUUUCCUUCUGCAGAAUUAUGUUUACUGAAUUCGCCACAUGCUUUAAUAUAUUGUGGUAACCAUUGGGGAUUUA